UGUGUAAUAGCCCCGCCCCGCCCUGCAGUGACGUGAAGGUCAGCUGCUGAAAGGUCAGACACAUUGUAUCCAAGAUGGCGGCCUCCUUGUGUCAGUGCUACCAGCUCUGUGUUGCACGGAGUGUCCGUGUCCUAUCUGCACGAUCCUACCUGUCCUCCUUCAACAGAGCCCACGUGUACAGGAUAUGCAGGCCCCCCACAGCACUGCCACAGGUGCAGUACUCUUCGCGCGGCGGGGGGCGGAAGGGCUUCCUGUCCGAGUUCGUGGACAGCCUCAAGCAGGAGCUCAACAAGAACAAGGAGAUGAAGGAGAACAUCAAGAAGUUCAGGGAGGAGGCCCAGAGACUGGAGGAUUCGGAUGCACUGAAGCAAGCCCGGCGGAAAUACAAAACGAUUGAAUCAGAAACUGUGAAAACGUCAGAGGUGCUGAAGAAGAAAUUGGGAGAGCUGUCGGAAACUGUGAAGGAGGGUCUGGAGGAGGUGGGUCGCUCGGACCUCGGGAAGAAGAUCAAAGAGGGGGUGGAGGAGGCGGCCAAAACAGCCAAACACUCAGCCGAGUCUGUGAGCAAGAGCGGAGAGAAACUGGGCAAGACCGGAGCCUUCCGAGCCAUCUCUCAGGGAGUGGAGACUGUGAAGAAGGAGAUUGACGUCCUGGGACAGACAGGCUCGUACCGCCCCCCUUCCCGGCUGAGGAAGAGGACCGACUUUUCGGGGAAGUCCGGAGAUGCAGAGGACAAGGUCUUCGAACCCAAUGAAGAAGCCAUGGGGGUCGUACUGCACAAGGACUCCAAGUGGUACCAGCAGUGGAAGGACUUCAAAGACAACAAUGUGGUUUUCAAUAGGUUCUUCGAGAUGAAGAUGAAGUACGAUGAGAGUGACAACGCUUUCAUCCGCGCCUCCCGGGCAGUCACGGACAAAGUCACAGACAUGAUCGGCGGGUUAUUUUCCAAAACGGAAAUGUCCGAGGUUCUGACGGAGAUCCUCAAAGUGGAUCCCACGUUCGAUAAAGACGCGUUCCUGAAGCAGUGCGAGCAGGACAUUAUUCCCAAUAUCCUGGAGGCUAUGAUCCGAGGAGAGCUGGAUGUUCUGAAGGACUGGUGUUACGAAGCUACUUUCAGCCAGCUGGCUCACCCGAUCCAGCAAGCCCGGGCCAUGGGACUGAUGUUCCACUCCAAGGUCCUGGACAUUGACAACAUUGACCUGGCCCUGGGGAAGAUGAUGGAGCAGGGCCCGGUGCUGAUCAUCACGUUUCAGGCUCAGCUGGUCAUGGUGAUCCGCGGACCCAAGGGAGAGGUGGUGGAGGGAGACCCGGAGAAGGUGUUGCGGAUGAUGUACGUGUGGGCGCUGUGCCGCGAUCAGGACGAGCUGAACCCCUCCGCAGCCUGGAGACUGCUGGACAUCUCCGCCUCCAGUCAGGAGCAGGUCCUCUGAGCAGGGGCCCCUCGCACCCAGGGCCAGUGGGGCUGACGGCUCCUCUACUCCCCGCGGCGGCCCCACAAACACUGCCCCCGACUGCCACUCAGUUCCACUACCUUGGAUACCUUCAGUGCCCGCGACUCGCCCUCGGGACACAGUAGUGGUCUGUCUGACCACGGGAUUGCAAAGUCAUUGAGGGGCACUGGAGCAGUUUACAUCCAGAUGGAGGCUCGCUGGCCACUGGCCUUGCCAUUGUAUCAUAGUGCCCAACACGGCUACCACGCACGUCAAAUCAAAUAGGACUUUUUUUUGGGGGGGGGGGGGUUGAUGGUGCCAUAAUUUAAGGAGGUUUUAAAUAAGGUUGGAUUUUGAAACUCAAACACACACAGAGAGUUUGCCAGUUUCCAGGAUGAUGAGAGUCGGACAGAAUCCAGCAUCUGGAGGCUUGGGUUACAUGCGAGAUGAAUUUUGUCGACUGCGCACACUUUGGCACAAUCGUUGGGUUCUGUUGGGUGUGGUGGAACUCUUGUGUAUUUUUGUCAACACUGUGCCUGGUGCAAACUGACAACCGUUUGCCUCUCUUCCCUGGGGAGAGAUUUUCCAGCAGAACGUUGCCCCUGUAUGUUGGUAGCCUGCCCCUUGUGUUGAAUACGGGUAUUGCAGCACCAGUUCUGUUACAUGGGAGCGCGCAGUCUCUGUGUAUUGUUUGUAUUAAAUAAACGUCCGUGCUGGUGUUUUUAACCAGUGUAAACUCAUUUGACCAAAAAACAUGUGGAGUCUUGUCUCUGUAGCUUGGGCCCAGAAAAGUAGCCCUGUUUUGUUUUUACAGGGAUGGAAAUAAGACUCCCAUUGCAUAGCAGUUUGAUCCAUUCUUGGUUUUACUGUAUACAUGGUGGAUAACCAAGCUUGUAGUAAAACCUGGAAUGAGUGAAACUGCCAUGCCAUAGGAGUCUUAUUGCCAGCCCUGUUUUUAUACUGUAACAUCUCUAAAAAACAAAACAACUUCAGAAUUAAUAUGUAAAGCGUAGUUCUGAAUGACAGGGUGAUGAGACGUAAAACCGAGGUCCUAUUGCAAGUGACUCUGCAGCAGCAGUUGUGAUGCACAGUUCACCCCCAAGUCUCUGUAAGUCGCUUUGGAUAAAAGCGUAUGCUAAAUGACUAAGUAAUAAUAAUAUAAGUUUUACUGUAUCAUCAAAUACCAAAAGCCAUUCCUGUGUUUUGCAGAAACUUAAAAAAAAACAAAACUGUGGGGGUCGGUUGGUUCCAAGCUGGUUAUGUUUAAAUAUGUGGUUUUCUGGUCUUUUAAUGACAGCCCUGCCUCUGGUUUUAACCGCUAGGCCACUUUACCUCCCAGUCCUCCUCUCUAACCGUCAUUGACUCCGCCAGUCACAGGGCCACUUGCCUCUGACCCUUGUCCGAGUGGCUAGUUCUAGUUCCAGGCCAGCCUCCCUGCAGGAUCCCUAUUCAGCGGAUGACAGGGCGUCUGUCCCACAGAUUGAUGGCAGGCAGCGCUGGCCUUGAAGCUGGGGGUGGGAUGUAAUAAAUGGGUGUAACACACACGCAUUGAUUCAUAUUCUUCUUAACUAGCCAGGUUAUUUCACGGCUGUCCCGCGUGAUAAAUCCCCCCCAGCUUCUAUCUGCUGACGCUGCAGCGCUCGGGCAGCAGCCCCAUUGCUCACACCGAUCCUACGGACAACAAACAAAGGGCUGGCGUUUGAGGGGGGGGCGGGGGGGGAGCGCACACACACUCGCUCACACACAUAAUGAUUCACUGACGUGCAUUCUGACGAAGAUACAUGUACAGACACGCUCUGACAAACUAAAACAAACGCUGGGUGGGUUAUAAAUUCAAUAGGCUGCUUUGCAAAGCUGCUGUGCAAGGUGGGGGGAGGAGCAUUCUUACUCUGUGAAAAUGCUGUGUUCUCUUGUGUUUUUGUUUUACAGGUCUAAAAUUGGAAGGUAAAUGCUGUCUAGUGUUCAGCCGUAGCCGCCUGGCCUCCUUUUUAUUAUUCGCUCUUUUCUUGGGACGUGCAGAUUUCUUUCAGACGUUAUUGAUUUCAUUGUUUCAAACCACUGCGUCCUGGAGCCUUAUCAAACCCACAGCCUUGGUCUCCCCAGGCCAUGCAUUUCCCUCUGUCCUUCGAUCCACUGCAGUUUUUGUACAGACGUCUUAUCAGAUUUUAACCUUUUUUUUUACUGUGGUCUAUCCAUCCAUCAGUCUUCCAAUCGAUCAUGUAUUGGUGUGGUCCCUGCCACCCAUCUGUCCACCUUUCUGCCCUAUUAAUGUAUCUGUCCUCCAGACACUAGCGCUGGAUAUCCAUUAUCUUGUCUGGCUUUGUUUCUGAGUGCUGUUGCUCAGAUUUCUUUUAUUUAUUUUUUGCAUGUAAACUUUUCGACCUGGUAAAUAUUAAACACAUGCGUUCAAAAUAACUUCCCUGGUUGGUGGAGGGUGACCAAAUCUAUAGAAUGUGUAUUCAGCAUGGUACAUCUUUAAAAGAAUUUUAUUUUUAGCUCAGGUUUCUAAGUACUCAUAAUUGCGUAAGAGAGCUCAGGUUGCAUGAAGACACGCUGUGAACAUGCUAUGUUCGAUAAACUAGUGCAGUUCAUCCUUGAUGCAAGUUACUUUGUGAAAGCUAAGAGGCUUUUUAUAAAAGGUUAGGUAGGAGCAGGACAAAACAAACCAGCUGGACAGAGAAGGCGCCCUGUCUGCUCCAUUAUGCACAGAGACAGGCUUUUAAUAUCUCUCUUCUCCAGAAAAGCCUUUUCCAAGGUUCACGGAGAGGGCUGUAUUCAGACCGCUAGUGUGCAAAUAAAAUGCAAUAGAAUUAGAAUUAAUGCAGUUUCAAGAUCUAGCUGAAUAAAGAGAUCUAUCAUGCUUCAGUUGGUUUUUCUCUUCGGCGAGGGUCGACGCGCACUCCUAUUUAUCAGAUUCAUGUAAUUGUAACUCAAUCCCAAUAUUAAAAUGUAUCUUGUUAAAAAAAAAUAAGUUCAAUUGUAUCAGACUGUCUCUUUGUAUCCUAUGCAAGUGUAAAAUUUCUGACCAAUCGCAGGGCUCUGUGGAGUGCCACACUACACUGUUGCUUUUGAUUUCAGUAGUGUAUGAAUUUGAAUUGGUCAAAGCUUAAAAAAAAAAAAUACUCCAGCAACCAUGGAAGCUACAAAGCAAAAAAAAAAAAAGAUGCACUCAAAUAUCAGAGAAAAAGAACAAAAGAUGCUUAAUGUUCCGUAAAACAAUGCAGUGCAAAUUAACGAGGAUUUGUUCUUAAGAGCAGCAGACUGUGCAAGCCUGUCCUUUGCAGUUCUGAAUGUUAAUGUACCCCUUCACAACACUUAAUGAAUUGUCUGUUCAGUAUAGGAUCAUAUCCUCGCUCCCACUUUGCCAUCCUGUUACCUUUUUAAAUGUUGCGUUUCUCUAUAUCGAUGACCAGUUGCUUUCAGCCACAUGUAGACUGUUCAGUAAUGGUCUCACUGGGAGGUUUAAAGUACAUUUUGAGAGUAGCAGCCUCAAAAUAUCGAACCCUUUGUUCUGUCUGAAUUGUGUGAUUGGCCCUACGUGCACGUUAUUGUCAAUAAAUCAUUAUGUGUUUGUUCUA